AUCCCCUCGUCGCUACCCCUAUCAAAUGAACCCUUUCAAUGUGCGCUACCAACUAACUCCUUCCUCGUGCCGGUUUUUCUCACCAGUUAUGUGUUCGUGAUAGUGUUUUUUUUAACUUUGGACUUUGUUGGGAAUCAUGACUCUACCUGAAAAUGAAACUUCCCAAGAUCCUGGGCCUCCACCUGAUGAACAGGACAAGCUCCUUAUGGAACCCCAGAAUAUCAAUGUCCUCAGAAGUCAAGAAGAAGGGGAGACGCCUCAGAAGAAGAUACCUCCUCUGUCUCAGGACAUCAAGGGGAAGGAUGUGGCAGGAUCACAGGACAUCAAUCUCAAAAGAGAACUUGGCUUGUUCAGCGCAGUCAGCCUCAUCAUUAGUGUUAUGAUAGGUUCUGGUAUCUUCGUAUCACCCUCCAGCGCUCUUCAGAGGUCAGGAUCUGUAGGUGAAGCUCUCGUUGUCUGGGCUGCCUGUGGAGGCAUCUCUCUUUUAGGUGCUCUUGCAUUUGCCGAGCUUGGUAUUGUAGUUCCUCAGUCAGGAGCUGAGUACUCGUAUUUCCGAGCUGCAUUCUCCCCCCUUCACAAGUUCGCAGGUCCGCUGCCGAGUUUCCUCUACGUUUGGGUGGUCGUGCUGAUCUUACGACCUGCUGAGGUAGCCAUUAUUGUUCUCACAUUCGCUGAGUAUGUUUACGACCCGAUCGCUACCUCUAUAGACGCAGAUCUUACUCACACUGAUCAGGAACUGCUGAAGAAACUCAUCGGUACUCUUGCAUUGGGUGCAAUCACAUUUGUCAAUUUCAAGAGUGUGAAGCUUUUUGUUCAGAUGAAUAAUAUAUUUUCAUCCUUCAAGAUUUUAGUUUGUAUCAUAGUUAUCGGAGGAGGCAUUUACAAUUUGAGUUUAGGAAAUGUAGAAAAUCUGAGUUCAGGAUUUGAAGGCUCAAAGACUGGAAUAAAAGACAUUAUUUUAGCAGUAUACAGUGGGUUGUGGGCUUAUGACGGUUGGUCUUCAGUGGUAAUAGUGUCAGAAGAAGUGAAGAAGCCUAAUAGGAACAUUCCGUUGAGUAUUGUCAUCGGAGUUCCUCUAGUAACGUGCUUGUACACCAUGAUGAACAUAGCGUACAUGUCUGUCCUUACGUUCACUGAAAUGAUCUCCGUACCGGCUGUGGCAGUGGCGUUUGGUGACAAGAUUCUUGGCCCACUAAAGAUCGUCAUUCCAAUAGGAGUAGCUCUGUCUACCUUCAGUUGUGCUAUGGGAGUGCAGUUUGGUGUGUCUAGGCUGUGUUUUGCGGCAGGCAGGGAAGGCCACAUGUUGGAGUCAAUUUCCUACAUACAUGUCCGUAGAUAUACUCCUGCCCCAGCUGUUGGAAUGCAGGCACUGUUAACACUGUUGUUCAUGGUGUCAGGGGACAUUGUGAGCUUAAUAGAGUUUGCCAGCUUCCUCAUCUGGAUGUUCUACGGUCUCGCUUUCGUAGCUCUUAUAGUUCUGCGGAAAACCAAGGCUGACGCUUACAGGCCUUACAAAGUGCCAAUAAUCAUUCCGGUUGUGUUGGCUAUACUGUCUGCCAUCAUAGCAGGGGUGCCAAUCGUGAUGGACCCAGCACCAGAAUACAUUGCUGCUGUAUUGUUCAUGCUCUUGGGAGUUGUGGUCUACUAUCCACUGGUUUACAAGAGGAAAAGGCUUCCUUGUAUGGAUAAAUUCAAUUACUUUAUCCAAGUUCUGAUGGAAGUCGCUCCACCUACAAAAGUUCCUGACGCUUCGUAGAUCUGAAACUUAUUGUUUUUAACUUGAUGAAACUUUCGAAACUAAUUGGUGAAACGAAGAAAGAUUUUGAAAAACCUAAUAAGUGAUAUUUGCAGUAUUAGGUUACAAAAUUUAUUACAGAAUAUUUUUUUAAAUCUGUCUUUGAAAAAUUAUUGCUUUUUUCAAGUCCAAGGUAACUGGAGACAAAAACCAUUAAUAAUUGACCGUACAGAAAAAAUGUCUUGGCUUUGUAUAUAACAUACAAAAUUAAUUCACAUAAGUUCUAGCUAUGCAUAGUUAAUAUUACCUACGUUGCGCUUAAAUUAAUGCUUUAAGAUAAGCUAAGUGAGCUAAAAACACAAUUUCAAACAUUGUUAUUUAAAAUAUAAUUUUGUAAAAUGAGCUUUUUAGUUGUAUUUCUAUACAAAUAUACUUUGAGGUUUUAUAAACUUCCAUAUAUUAGUUAGUUAUUUUGAUUGUUAUUGUUUAACAACCAAUUUAUUACGUUUCAAAAAUGACAUUACAAUUUUGAGUCCCGUAUGACAAAUCAAUCAACCAGAAAAUUAACUCAUACACUGUAUCGUAAAAAUUUUGGAUUGAAUUGUAUGGUUACAAUUUGUUGUAUAAAUAAUAUAAACAUUUUUUUUUUUAAGUAAAAAGUACACAGGUACUCAUUCUAUUUCACAUUAAAUAAUAGAGGGACCUAAUCAGAAUUUUAAAACUAUAUAAAAUAUACAUAAACUUGUUUAGCAAUAAAUAGGUUAUAAAAAAUUGAAAUUUAACGUAUUGCAUUCUAUAUGCUUUCCAAAAGUUUCAAUAUUUAUUUCCAAACAUGUUAGAAGUUUUGAGAUUGUCAAUUAUUUGUACAACUAAUAUAUUAAAAUGUAUUGCUUAUGGCAUGUAAAACAUGUUUAGCACAUGUUAUUAAUAAAGACUCGUGUAAUCUUGUAUACUAAAAAGUCAAAUUUUAAGCAUAGUGUAUAGUUUUUUAAUUAAAAAUAAAUGCCUAUAUUUAGGUUAAUAAACGAAGAGAUAUAAUUUAGGAUAUUGCUUUGUAUUUUGUUAAAAAUUAAACAAUUUUGUAUACUUUU